UUGAUUUUGUUCAAAUUUUUCUUUGUUUUUAUUAAAGAGAAAAUUUUCAAAUUUUGUUGAUCGUUAAAUAGAGCUGCAUGAGAACGAUAGAAAGAAUUUCUUACUUUGUAUAAUUUCUAUUUUUUUCACAAGUUUAUUCUUUGGUGUAUGAUUUGAUAUUAAAAAAAAAAAAAAAAAAAAGAAAAGAGAAAAAGAAAAAGUAAAAAGAAAAUAAGAAAGAAAAUUAAUAACAAAAUUGUGUUCGAUGAUAACAACGAUGAUCAGCUAACAACUUUUAGAGAAGGAAAAACUCCAAGGAAAAGGAAAAGAAAAAUUUAAUUAUUAUUAAGAACAAAUCAUUCUUGAAUAGCUUGAUUAUUAAUCACGCUUAUGUAUAUGUAGGAUUGUAUUCGUUACGAGGAAGAAAAAUCAUGGACGGUUUUGAACUGAUAUCGCAAGGUGCCGAAGCGUGUCUCUACAAAGGGACAUACUUAGGUAAAUCUACUAUAGUUAAAGAGAGAUUCGUCAAAGGUUAUAGACAUCCAGAUUUAGAUAAACGUUUAACGAAAGAUAGAUUAAAAGCCGAGGCACGGGCUAUUCUUCGUGCUAAAUCUGCAGGCAUACCGACACCUGCGUUAUAUCUGAUCAAUUUGGAUCGCCGUACCAUCUAUAUGGAGCACAUGGAAAAUACAAUAGUUUUAAAAAAUUAUAUUGAUGAAAAUGUAUCAGAUAAAGUUAACGUAGAACAUAUAAUCAAGUUUAUAGGAGAAGGAUUAGGAUUAAUUAUAGCUAAACUGCACUCAAAGAAUAUAAUCCAUGGAGAUUUGACGACUUCAAAUGUUCUUUUGAAAAAUAUUUCAGAUGAAACAUGGACCGAGGAUGAAGCUUUAAAUCAUUUUGUUAUGAUUGAUUUUGGAUUGGCACAAAUUGAUUCGACUGUAGAAGAUAAAGCAGUUGAUAUAUACGUUCUUGAAAGAUCUUUGCUUAGUGCUCAUUCAGAAGUAUCCACUCUUUUUCCACUGAUUUAUGAGAGCUAUCAAAAACAUUAUGCGAAUAAAGCUCAAUGCAAGGAGAUAGUUAAUAAAUAUGAAGAAGUACGAGCUCGCGGACGCAAACAUUCGAUGAUUGGGUGAUCAUUAAUGGAGUUGUUUGUUAAAUUUGUUAUUUUUUUCUUUUGUAUUUGUUUUGAAAUACCAAAAAAUGUACUUGCACCUAUGAGUUUUACUUGUAAAAUUGUUUUACUAUUCUUUUUUGUAACAAUAAAAAUAUGUUUUUAUUAUCAAACAAUCGACGUAACUGCAAAAGUUAGUGUAUCAAGAAGAAACUAGUUCAAUAUAGUUAUUUAAUACGAUAAAAAGGCUUGUAUAUACAUAAUUCAUUCUUGUAUAACAAGUAUUAUCUACGGGUAAUAAAUUGCAAGAAGAUAUUAUUUUGCAUACUUUGUAAAAUGAUACCUUUCGUUUCUUUCGUAGACACGCCGUUAAUAUAUACCAGCGUUUUAUAUAGAAAAUGUUUGCUUUUACAUAGACCAGUGCUUAUAAAGUCAAGCAUAUGCGAAUAUAAAGCACUUUCCAUUAGCAAUUGUAGUAAGUGAUUUUACACUUACAAAUUAAUUCGAUUUUCAGUCCAAGUGUUAUCACUUUUUAUUUCUAAAUCAGUCAAAAUGUAGUCCUGAAUAUAUGAUAAUCCACGUCACCUAAAAAUAAAUAUUAUUCACUCUAUAAUUCA